AUGAUUGUUGCGGAAAGUAGUGCCGAGAAGAUUAAGUUCCCUUGUCAGAGGAGAAGGAUAGAAGCAAAUCCUGAAUGUCCAGAGUUCGGGCAGCAAUGUGUGAGCACUUGUUUUGAUAGAAAAAAUACAUCAUCUAAUGCAUACAAGCGUAGACCAGAAGGGUUGGUUGAUGGCAGUGGCACUUUCGAGAAGAAGCCAAAGAUGGUCAUGAACCGUCUCAUGACUCAGCGAUGUUCUGCCCUCUUAGAAGCACUGAAGAAACAUCCGACUGGUAGGUUUUUUGAUAUUCCUUCAGAUAUUCCUGAUUAUUUUAUAGCAGUAAGAAACCCUAUGGAUUUGGAUACCAUUAAGUCCAAUCUAGCAAAGAAUACUUAUCUUGGGGUUGAAGACUUUGAAGGUGAUAUUAGACUGGCGUUUUAUAAUGCCAUGCAUUAUAGACAUCCAUGUACUAAUUUUCUUAAAAUGGCUGAAGAAUUGAAAAGAUUUCUUCACCCGACAUGGAAAUCUUUAAAAGAAAAUUGGAAUGAAGAAAAUUUGAAGGUUAGCGAUGAGGAAACUUUGAGUAUGCGACUGAAAGAUGGUAAUGGAUCAAGACAGAGUUGUUCUAAAACACAGCUAUGCCGAAAUAGCUUUUUCCCUAAGAAAUUGAAACCAUGUGAAUUCCAAGGGAAGGCUUCGAAGGUGCCUUUGAAUGCAAGAGCAGCAGAGGUUGAGUUUCCUAAACCGGCACAGAACUGUGUAGGAAUGUUGGCAAGAAAAGACCCACAAAAAGGCGCCAGUAAUGGUGGGCAUGUUCAUGGGUGUACCAAUGUCAAGCCACCACUGAGCCAAGGUGCCCGCAAAUGCAGUUCAUGGGGCAGCAUUAAGUGUCAAUGUAGCCUUCCAAGUGACUCAAACCAUGCAUCUUCCAGGGUUGUGAGUUCAGAAAGAUCAUUGGAUGGAGAUCUUAGAGUGUGUAGUGCUGUUGGUGGCCCUAUAUUGGAUUGCCAGGAAAAAUGCAAAUUGACAUCACAAAUGAGCAAGUCUGAUACAGAUUUUAAUGGAGUUGUGCCUGUAAGUACUUUGGAAGAUGAGAAAGCUCUCCGUGCUGCAAUGCUGAAGAGCCGUUUCGCAGACGCCAUUUUCAAAGCUCAGUUGAAGAUGCUACAUGUUCAUGGUGACAAAGCUCAUCCAGUGAAGAUGCAGCAGGAAAAGGAAAAGUUGGAAAGAAGGCAGCGUGGAGAAAAGGCAAAGAUUGAAGCUCAGAUCAGAGCUGCUGAAGCUGCAGCAAAUGUGAAGGCAGAGGUUGAGUUGAAAAAGCAACGGGAAAGAGAAAGAGAAAGAGAAGCUGCUCGGAUUGCAUUGCAAAAUAUGGAAAAAACAGCUGGGAUUGAAUUGAAUCUGGAGAUUUUCAAGGAACUGAAGAUUCUGAGUGGUGGCUCUCUUUCUCAUGGGAAUCCACUGCAUCAGCUGGGUUUGUUCAUCAAAGACGAAUAUUUGGAAGACGAAGACGAUAAGGUAGUUCUGAAUGAAGAUAUUGAAGAGGGAGAAAUAGUGUGUUAA